AUGAGUACCUCCGAGCCACUGGCCUCGGAAGCCAGAGAUAUUACCUCUUUUUCGUUAAAAUCGAGCAGCUCAAGCAGUUACGAUGGACCAGUUUUGUCGUCGUCGGCCAAUAGCGCUCGAUCACAAUUGAGCUCUGCUUCUCGAAAUUAUACCCGACAGAAUCGACAGACUUUGCCUCUCGGCGAGUCUACUCCCAUAUUUAACGGGGCAAGUGCCUCAAUACGCAACUACCAAGCUACCGAGACCCCAAAUAUCCCCGAUAUCACGGACACCAAUGGCAGCAAUGCCAAUCCUAACCCACAAGAUUCCCAGCCGGAUUCACCUUUGACAAAGAAGCAAUCCCGGUAUGGUGGCUUCGUGGACCGAUUCGGUGCUUUAGAGCUGGAAAACAAAGGCAGCGUUGCGCGCGACCACCUUGCUCUAGAAAGAACCUUCCUAGCCUGGAUGCGCACCUCUCUCGCCUUCGCCUCAAUUGGCAUAGCAGUCACCCAACUUUUUCGCCUAAACUCUGCCAAUACAACAGCGACAACAACGCAAAGCGUCGGCUAUUCUCACUCUAUACACACUAAUCCCGACCCAAACGUGUCCUCAUUGUCGCCAACCGACAUCACCCGUCUCCGCAGUAUUGGCAAACCCCUAGGCUCAACCUUUAUCGGCGUCGCCGUUCUCGUUCUCAUAAUAGGCUUCCACCGUUAUUUCGAGAGCCAGUAUUGGAUUGUCCGCGGCAAGUUUCCUGCAAGUAGAGGAAGCAUUGCGCUGACGGCAUUCGUGGCCGCUACGCUGAUUAUUGCGGCAUUGGUGGUUAUUUUGGCUGUUUCGCCUGGUGCGAAUGAGCUUUAA